AUGUCUGGCACGUUUCAAUCUAGGGAGGAGGAAGGACAGUGGAAAGAAGAGCAGAAGUUAGAAGCCCAUAGUGAUUGGGUACGUGAUGUAGCAUGGGCGCCCUCUAUAGGCUUACCACACAGCACAAUAGCUAGCUGUUCACAGGAUGGUAGAGUCAUUAUAUGGACUAGUGACGAUAGUACUGGUAGUAUGUGGACGCCAAAGAUUCUUCAUAAAUUUAAUGAUGUUGUAUGGCAUGUUAGCUGGUCAAUUACUGGUAAUAUACUUGCAGUGUCAGGUGGAGAUAACAAA